AUGCACCCGGCGCCAUCACAAGAAACAAGGGAUAUUGGGGCCCUCCUUAAAUGUACGAGAUCCAGGCCAGCCGAACACUCAGCUCCCUCAGACACCAGAGAGGCCUCUGAGGAUAAAGAGGGGAGCAUGCUGGAAAUCAGACCUGAAAAUACACAACCCGUUACCACAGGUGAGACCCACAAGCAGAACCUGCAACGAAACAAGGCAUAUGACAGAAUAAGGCUGCUGUUUGAUGCUGACAUUGCCUUAGUGAAAACUGAAGUCCAAGCAUUCACAGACUGCAUACAGGCCACGGAAGAAGUCGUAAACGACCUCAAGCAAGGCCUGGCAGUGCUGGGGGAUACUGUGCAACAAAUGCACACCUCACACUCCUUCCUGACCCAUAGACUGGAUGCUCUGGACGACAGAAGCAGGCGCCCAAAUAUCAAAAUUUGCGGAGUCUCCGACGCAGUGUCCACAGAGGAACUGCCUCACUUUAUUAGAAGGCUGAUAGCCACAGCCCUUCCUGCUAAGCAAGAUAAAAUGAUCCUGCUGGACGGGGCAUACCGGGUUAACAGGUCUCCAUGCACCCCAGCGGUCUCGCCAAGGGACAUUAUACUCAAGUGCCAAACCUUUGCGGACAAGCAAAAGCUUAUGAAAGCCCUCCAAGAAAAGGCAUUUUGA